AUGGACGUCCUGCCCCCACCAGACUACCCCCGGUCCAGCCGAGCGAAUAUCCUCGAAUUCCAACUCGAACGCCAGCAGCAACUCUUGAGAAAUCGCAAGCUUCUUGCAUCAGUGAGAUACCGUUAUAACAUUUAUUUAGCAAUGCUAUUGCAGAUGAGGAGAUGGCAGCUUAGCUCCUUAAUCAUAGAGCUGAUCCCAAUCGAUAAUGUGUUAUUGAUCUCACCUUACUUUCCCAGCGCCCAAAUAUCAGUCAUCCAACUUAUGCUCAGUCGUGGCGGAGAUACCCUAAAAAGCCAGCUUCUUCAUUAUGCAAUUGAACGGCAUUCGGAUAACAUUACGGUCUUAAGUCUUGUCGUCGAAAAGGGGGCAGCUAUCAAUUCAACUAUGUACGAGGGCCAUUAUCCUUUUCGAGCACCACCAUACCAACAACCUGAAGGAAACUGUUUGAAGUCCCUACUUGAUUCACAGCAUUAA